AUGGACCUUAAAAUACAUCAAAGAAUUUCCACUGGAGAGAAACCUUAUGGCUUUGAUCAAUGUGGGAAGAGUUUUACUGAGUCAAGCUGUCUCACUAUACAUCAGAGAAUACACACAAGAGAGAAAAGAUAUAGCUGUGAUCAAUGUGGAAAGGGUUUCGGUACAUCUGGCUGUCUGACAAAACACCAGAGAACACACACAGGAGAGACACCUUAUAGCUGUGAUCAAUGUGGGAAGAGUUUUACUCUGCUAAACAGCUUGAUAGUACACCAGAGAAUACACACAGGAGAGAAAUCAUAUAGCUGUGAUCAAUGUGGAAAGGGUUUUGGUACAUCUGGCUGUCUGACAAAACACUGGAGAACACACACAGGAGAGAAACCUUAUAGCUGUACUCAAUGUGGGAAGAGUUUUACUCAUUCAACCAGCCUGAUAUCACACCAGAGAACACACACAGGAGAGAAACCUUAUAGCUGUAAUCAAUGUGGGAAGAGUUUUGCUUCAUCUGGCCUUCUGACUGUACACCAGAGAUUACACACAGGA